AGCGAGAAAAUGGCUCACCAAUCAGAAAAAAAUCUCUCCUGUUCUAUUUGCCUUGACAUUUUUAAAGAACCUGUCAUUCUGUCGUGUAGCCACAACUUCUGUAAAGACUGUCUGAAGAACUGGUGGAGAACGAAGCAAACACGCGAGUGUCCAAUUUGUGAGCAAAUAUCUUUACAGAGUGAACCACCUGUUAGUUUGGUACUGAAGAACCUGUGUGAGGUGUUUUUACUGGAGAGAAAUCAGAGAGGGUUAGAGACUCUCUGCAGUCUGCACUCAGAGAAGCUCAAACUCUUCUGUCUGGACCAUCAGCAGCCAGUGUGUGUUGUUUGUCAAGAAUCCAAAAUGCACAACAACCACAGAUUCAGACCCAUCGAUGAAGCUGCACAGGAUCACAAAGAGAAGCUACAGAAAUCCCUGAAGACCUUACAGGAGAAACUGAAGCUGUUUGAACAAGUUAAAGGAAACUGUGAUCAAACGACAGAACACAUUAAGGUCCAGGCCCUAGACACAGUGAGGCUGAUUAAGGAGCAGUUUAAGAAGCUUCACCAGUUUCUACAAGAGGAAGAGGAGGCCAGGAUCUCUGCUCUGAGGGAGGAAGUGGAGCAGAAGAGUCACAUGAUGAAGGAGAAGAUUGAGGCUCUGAGCAGAGAGAUAGCAGCUCUUUCAGACACAAUCAGAGCCACAGAGGAGGAGCUGAGAGCUGAAGACGUCUCAUUCCUGCAGAACUACAAGGCUGCAGUGGACAGAGUCCAGCAGCGCCCUCUGCUAGAUGAUCCACAGCUGCCCUCAGGAGCUCUGAUAGAUGAGGCCAAACAUCUGGGCAACCUGACCUUCAACAUCUGGAACAAGAUGAGGGAGAUGGUCUCCUACACACCUGUGAUUCUGGAUCCAAACACAGCGGACCCAGAACUUCUCGUCUCUGAAGAUCUGACCAAUGUGAGAUCUGGAGAACGACGACAGCUUCCAAAAAACCCGGAAAGGACCAAAUUCACCUGCUCCAUCCUCGGCUCUGAAGGAUUUAACUCCGGGACUCACAGUUGGGACGUUGAGGUUGGGGACAACAAGGACUGGGAACUGGGCAUGUUGGCAGAAUACAUCCAGAUGAAGGGACGCCUACAGUCUGGACUGUGGAGAAUUUUGUUCUCCGAUGGAAAACUCACAGCGUUCUCCUCACUAGAUCAAGAAAAAGAUCUGCCACUGAAAAAGAAGCUCCAGAGGGUCAGAGUUUAUCUGGACUUUGAGAAAGGAAAACUGUCAUUCUCUGAUCUUGAUACUAACACACACAUACACACCUUCACACACACCUUCACUGACACCCUGUUUCCGUACAUUUACACUGAGAACCACCUACCACUGAAGAUUUUACCAGUGACGGUCUCUGUGACGGUGGAAAAGCACAGUUAA